UAAUAUUUUCGAAAAGCCAAUCAUAAACCACGCAUUUUUCACAGGGUGCAGCUGGCUGCUGUCCUCAGGGAACAGAGACACCUGGAGCGGCUGUGACGGGGCUGUAGGUGCGGAAUUUAUUCCCUUAUUGUUCCCUGCAGGCGCUUCGCUGCAGCCCCGCGCGCCACCUGCCUCCGUUUCAAGUUAGAAAACUGCAGAUAGCCAAAUGGCGUCGGGGUGAUGUUCUCCCCUGCCAUAUUUCCUUCCAAGAGUGGUGGUUAGCUGUUAUUUCCUAGAGUUCUGCUGUACGCGGCUGCGUUCGAACCGCGCUGGCGCGCCCCAGCCCGGGCAGAGAAAACGUGUAACGUGUUUUGUCCCCUCCGGCUGCCCGUACCCGCCCGCCGAGCAGCGGCGGGACGGCGAGCGCCGCUUCCCACACGUCAACACCGAGAGAACUAUCGUUCCCAACAUGCUCCUCAUCUUUGCGCAUGCGCAGUGUUCAUUCGAGCGUCCAUCUUGGCACUCGUCUCCUCCAGCUCCUCACAGCACAUGGGCGGCAGAGACUACAAUUCCUAGCGUACUUUGCGGCGCCCACACAUGCGCAGCGCCCUCGUCCGCCAUCUUGGCCCGAGUAAACGCCGUCGCCGCCGCCGCCACUAAACAAACCCGAGCCCGGCACUGGCGAGCGGCGGGGGGGAGGGUGCGGUUGCCGCGGAGCCUUCGAUGUGCUGGGCACGGCCGGGCAGCGAGGCUGAGCCCUGUGGGAGCACAGACACAAGGGAAGGAUGCCUGUGGUGUGGCCUACUCUUCUGGACCUCAGCAGGGAUGAGUGCAAGAGGAUCCUUCGCAAACUGGAGCUGGAGGCCUAUGCAGGUGUCAUCAGUGCCUUACGUGCACAGGGAGACCUUACAAAAGAGAAGAAGGAUCUUCUUGGAGAACUCUCUAAAGUGCUUAGUAUUUCAACAGAGCGACACCGUGCUGAAGUUCGGAGAGCAGUGAACGAUGAACGACUAACAACGAUUGCACACAAUAUGUCAGGGCCAAACAGCUCUUCGGAGUGGUCCAUAGAGGGUCGUCGGCUGGUGCCGCUGAUGCCGCGGCUCGUGCCACAAACAGCUUUCACUGUCACCGCCAACGCUGUUGCCAACGCAGCCAUCCAGCACAAUGCAUCUCUGCCAGUUCCUGCAGAAACUGGAAACAAAGAAGUGGUGGUUUGCUAUUCCUACACAAGUACCACUUCAACCCCAACAUCUGCCCCUGUUCCAAGUGGCAGUGUAGCGACAGUGAAGUCCCCCAGACCUGCCAGUCCAGCCUCCAAUGUAGUCGUCUUGCCAAGUGGAAGUACUGUUUACGUCAAAAGUGUCAGCUGCUCAGAUGACGAUGAAAAGCCCCGCAAAAGACGGCGAACGAAUUCCUCUAGUUCUUCCCCUGUUCUCCUGAAAGAAGUCCCGAAGGCAGUGACUCCUGUCACUAAAACUAUCACAGUGCCUGUAAGUGGGAGCCCCAAAAUGAGUAAUAUAAUGCAGAGCAUUGCCAACUCCUUACCACCACACAUGUCGCCUGUGAAAAUAACCUUCACUAAGCCCUCAACACAGACAACAAACACCACAACACAGAAGGUCAUAAUAGUAACCACCUCUCCAAGCUCAACUUUUGUACCCAACAUCCUUUCCAAGUCCCACAACUAUGCAGCAGUUACAAAACUUGUCCCAACAUCAGUCAUUGCCUCAACUACACAAAAGCAGCCCGUGGUCAUCACUGCUUCCCAGUCCUCUGUGGGCAGCAGCAGCAGCAGCUGCUCCACUCCCUCCUGCACUGCAAAUACCAUUGCUGUGACUGCUGUAGUGUCAUCCACACCCUCAGUGGUUAUGUCAACAGUAGCACAAGGUGUGUCUACAUCAGCAGUUAAAGUUGCCUCUACCAGACUACCUUCCCCAAAAGGUUUGGUUGGGAAUCCAACUCAGAUCUUAGCACAGUUUCCCAAACAGCAUCAGCAAUCUCCCAAACAGCAGCUGCACCAAGUCCAGCAGGCCCAGCAGCAGCAGCCACAGCAGCAGCAGCUGGUGCCAUGUUCUGCAGCCCAGCAGCAGCCACAGCAGUCUCAGCUGCCAGCUGGCAUCAAGCCCACCAUUCAGAUCAAACAGGAAUCAGGUGUUAAAAUAAUCACUCAACAGGUGCAGCCCAGUAAAAUCCUUCCCAAACCAGUUACAGCGACCUUGCCCAGCAGUAGCAAUUCACCCAUUAUGGUGGUUAGCAGUAAUGGGACUAUCAUGACAACUAAACUGGUCACUACUCCCACUGGAACUCAAGCAACUUAUACACGGCCAACAGUGAGCCCCUCUCUGGGAGCUCGGAUGGCUGGAACUCCAGGGGCUGCUACUUAUGUGAAAACUACAAGUGGCAGCAUCAUUACUGUAGUACCAAAAUCCCUGGCUACUCUAGGAGGAAAGAUCAUCAGCAGUAAUAUUGUUUCUGGAACUACGACCAAAAUCACUACAAUUCCAAUGACAUCGAAACCCAAUGUGAUUGUUGUGCAAAAAACUACUGGGAAAGGAACUACAAUUCAAGGGCUUCCAGGCAAAAAUGUUGUCACAACACUGUUGAAUGCUGGGGGGGAGAAAACUAUUCAGGCAGUGCCAGCAGGAGCAAAACCUGCUAUCAUCACUGCCACAAGACCCAUCACAAAAAUGAUUGUUACACAGCCAAAAGGAAUAGGGUCCACGGUCCAGCCAGCCACCAAAAUCAUCCCAACUAAAAUUGUUUAUGGUCAACAAGGGAAAACACAGGUCCUCAUAAAACCAAAGCCAGUGACAUUUCAAGCAACAGUUGUGAGUGAACAAACCAGACAGCUGGUGACUGAAACGUUACAGCAGGCUUCAAGGGUAGCAGAGACAGGAAACUCAUCUCUCCCAGAAGUGAAAGAAGAACCACAAACCUACACUGACAGUAGUUCUUCUUCUACAGAGUCUUCCCAGAGCUCUCAAGAUUCUCAGCCUGUAGUCCAUGUGAUUGCUUCAAGAAGUCAAGAUUGGUCAGAACAUGAAAUUCCUGUGGACACAAACCCUACAAUAAUUUACCAGGAUGUAUCCAGUGAAUCUCAGUCAGCUACGUCCACAAUAAAAGCUUUGCUGGAACUUCAGCAGACAACAGCAGUGAAGGAAAAGUUGGAAUCAAAGCCAAGGCAGCCUACCAUUGACUUGAGCCAAAUGGCUGUUCCAAUCCAGAUGACUCAAGAAAAGAGGCAUUCUCCAGAAAGUCCUUCAAUUGCUGUUGUAGAGUCAGAACUAGUGGCUGAAUAUAUCACAACUGACUCAGGAAGACAACACUGUAUUGGUUCACAUUCGGAAGAAUAUCUACACAACCAUAUAGUCAGUCAUCGGUCCCAGCCCCACCAGUCAUCUCAGCCCCAGAGGACUCUGGUGCAGCACGUGGCUCAGUCCCAGACAGCAACGCAGACUUCUGUUGUGGUGAAAUCUAUUCCUGCAUCCUCCACUGGCGCCAUUACCCAUAUCAUGCAGCAGGCCUUAAGCAGUCACACUGCAUUUACCAAACACAGUGAACAACUUGGAACUGAGGAGGGAGAAGUGGAAGAGAUGGACACCUUAGAUCCUCAGACUGGCCUGUUUUACAGAUCUGCCCUGACACAAUCGCAGGCACAAAAGCAGCAAAAACUGAGUCAGCCGCAGCUGGAACAGACUCAACUGCAAGUGAAAACUCUGCAGUGUUUCCAGACUAAGCAGAAGCAGACAAUCCACCUGCAGGCUGAUCAAAUCCAGCACAAACUCCCACAAAUGCCCCAACUUUCCAUAAGGCAUCAAAAGCUAACCCCCCUGCAGCAAGAGCAAGCACAGACCAAACCAGAUGCACAGCACCCCCCACAUCAUAUGAUGGCCAAAGAAAGGCAACUCCCUACCUUAGUGGCACAGCCACAGCAAACUGUAGUACAGGUGCUUGCAGUAAAAACCACUCAGCAGCUGCCCAAACUGCAACAGGCACCAACGGCACAAAAAAUCUACGUGCAACCCCAGCCCCCCCAGAGUCAAAUGCAGCUACCUGCCUCUUCAGAGAAACAGCCAGCAAGCCAGGCAUCCACGGAGACAUCAGUAGCAGAUAUAUUGAGAGUGUCUAUGGUGGAAGCUCAGAUUGAUGCAAACAUAGAGCACACGGUAGUGGAUCCCCCAAACAAGGCCACGUCCACUAGUGCAGCUGCUAGUGAAGCAGAGUCGUCACCUUGUACCCAGGGCCCGAGGGUGGCUGCAGUAGGGAUGACGGCACCUUCCAUCCCCCAGCAACAGACACAUACAGAAUCCAGCUCAAGUCCUCCUGCUGUUGGUCCUACUUUAACAGAGAGGAAGCUCGAGGCACGAGGAAUACCUACAACAAACCAGUUUAUACACAUUCAGAAUAUAUCACAAAAGAAAGCUGAAGAGAGCUCUUCAGAAAUUGUUGUCCAGACUAUCCCUCACUAUCCCAUCCCUUGUCACUCCAGCUCCAAUGUGGUGGUGGAACCCAGCGGGCUCCUGGAGCUCAACAACUUCACCAGUCAGCGCCUCGAUGAUGAGGAGACAGCAAUGGAGCAAGACGUGGACAGCAGCACUGAGGAUGGCACUGAGCCCAGCCCCUCUCAAAGUUCUCUUGAGCAAUCCUAAGGAAGAGAAACACUGGAGUAUACUUUAAAAUAUCUUGGGAUUUUUGAGCAUCCAAGAUGCCCUUCUAUUGUGAUGUCUUAGAGCACUUUGCCUAUUAGAAUUGUUUAUUGGACUCUUGAAGCAUCAGUAGGUUUUAACAAGACAGUAUUGCAAAAGCUAAAUCUUAAAAAUUGUUUUGGAAAAAAAAAAGAGAAGAUGUAGGUACCAAGAUUUAGUAAACCUGUGACAGUGGAAUGUACUCCUGUUCAGAAACAAAUCUGUAAUGAAUCCUACAGCUUGUGCUAUUGAAGCCCUUGCCCAGAUACUGAAACAGCUUUAAGUGAAAAGGGAUCAUUAUUUUGCUGUGUCUUUUUAGUUGUUGAACAAAACACCAUUUAAAAAAAAAACAUUUAAUAAAUAUUUUUAUUUUCAAAUAGCAUGUGAGAGAAAAAAUGUCUCUGACAGUGCUGGAAAAGCCCCAGGAAUUUUGGAAUUGGUUGGCUUUCUUGCACUCAUGCUCACUUGAAAAUUUUUUUCAGAAGCUUAAAAUAUUUUUUUUUUAAUUCUUGUUGCUGAAUGUUUGGAAAUAAACAAAACUGCUAACUGGUAGCAAAGUGGAUUUGCUAGUGGAAUUUUGUUUUCAUGCUUUACAAGAAGUAGGGUAACAGUAGAUGAGGCAUUUCUUUCUGCCAUAAGCAUACAAAAUGCUCAUCUACUCUAGUUGACCUUUGAUUAUUUAUUUAAAUAUGAAAUUUAAAGUGAGACAAGUUGUUGAAAAAAGUUCCUGUGAAACAGGCAGUUGUAUUAAUUCUAGUACAAACCAGGGAGAAGGAGGUGCAUUUUGCUAUAAUCAGUUUUUCAAAAUUGGGGAUAAAUAGUUCAACAUCUUUCCAAGUUGAACUUGAGAAUUUAGAAGUGAGCCAAGACUUCUAAAAAUCUAUAUUUUACUCUUACAUGCUGUUUUUAAAAUUGACCAUUUGGGGAGUUUAAAAGCUUAAAUGGGUGUUCAAUGGUGGGUUUCCAAAAUUAGCCUUAUGCCUUGGCUUGUUGAAGCAAUACAUUGGGGUUUUGUGGUAGUUACAAGUCACAGUGAGUGGUUUGGGUUCAGAUGGAACAAGAGAACCAGUUUUAAUACAUUCUGGUAAUUGAGACAAUACUUUUUUUUGUUUUCAAAAUGUAUAUAAAACCAUGUUUUUAACUGUUUUGUAUAGAUUUCAUUAUAAAUAACUAAGCAUUUUAUGACUUUGACAUCAUUUAAUUGUAUAUAAAUGUAUAAGCCUAACUGCCCACGUUUUGGUGCUGAAGUACUGUAAGUAGAUUUCAUCCAAAAUCUAAUACAGCUUUUUGCGUCAGUCUUUUCUUUUUAAA